GGUGGGUGGGUGAGAGUAGGGGUGUCUGUGCCGGCUGCCGCCAUGCGGGAGCGGAGGCCGGCACCGGCCGCUCCGGCCCGGUGCAAGCUGGUGCUGGUGGGUGAUGUGCAGUGCGGCAAGACGGCCAUGCUGCAGGUGCUGGCCAAGGAUUGCUACCCCGAGACGUACGUGCCCACCGUGUUUGAGAACUACACGGCGUGUCUGGCCAGCGAGGAGCAGCGGGUGGAACUGAGCCUCUGGGACACCUCCGGCUCUCCCUACUAUGACAACGUGCGUCCCCUAUGCUACAGCGACUCGGACGCCGUCCUGCUCUGCUUCGACGUCAGCCGCCCCGAGACCCUCGACAGUGCAGCCAAGAAGUGGAAGACAGAAAUCCUGGAUUAUUGCCCCAACACACGGGUGCUGCUCAUUGGGUGCAAGACAGACCUACGGACAGACCUGAGCACCCUCCUGGAGCUCUCCCACCAGAAACAGGCGCCCAUCUCCUACGAGCAGGGCUGUGCGGCUGCCAGGCAGUUGGGAGCCGAGGGAUACCUGGAAUGCUCAGCCUUCACCUCGGAGAAGAGCGUCCACAGCAUCUUCCGGACCGUGUCCGGCAUCUGUCUCAGCAAAGCCCCCUCGCAGCCCCCCCGCAGCCCCGCCCGCAGCCUCUCCAAGAGACUCCUGCACCUCCCCAGCCGCUCUGAGCUCAUCUCCUCCACCUUCAAGAAGGAAAAAGCAAAAAGCUGCUCCGUCAUGUGAAGGGGGGGAAGGGAAUGACCCCACACACAAACCUUUGGACCACCCCCCCAAGCCCCUGGAAUGGGGUGGGGGGGCUGGACAGGGCCCUGGAGCCCCCCCCAAAGGAGGAUGGGGGGGCUGCUGCCCUCCCCUUGCACCAUUGCCCUGCCAGCCCCACAGCCUGGGGGGCUGUCCCCAUGGGAGGAGGGGACUGGGGGGUGUCUUCACCUGGUCCCCAACCCUGAGGGAGUCCCUGUGGGGUUUGGGGUGCACAGAACCCUGUGGACAUCAACCCAGGAGGGGUCCCUGUGGGGUUUGGGGUGCCCAGACCCUCAGGGACAUCAGCCUGGGAUAGUCACUGCGGGGUUUGGGGGACACAGGGACACUGCCCUGGGGAUCCCUGUGGGGUUUGGGGUGCCCAGACCCUCAGGGACAUCAGCCUGGGAUAGUCACUGUGGGGUUUGGGGGACACAGGGACACUGUCCUGGGGAUCCCUGUGGGGUUUGGGGUGCACAUCAUGGGACUCAUCCAUGGACUCAUCCUGUUUUCUCCCCCUUUACCCCAUCCCUCAUCUGCUGCUUGGCCCUGGGGGGACCCUGGGUUGGGGAGGGGGGAGGGGGAUGUUUUAUGGACUGUCUUUGGGGGGGUGUCUCUGUUCCAUGUCAGUGUUAUUAAAAAGCUUAUUUAUUAUCAGAAAUAUAACACCUACCUACGUGCA